GACAUUUGAAUGAUUUGACUUUUCAUAAAAAUGUGGUUAUGGCGUAAAUUGAUAUAAAGUGCAUAGGAAAUCGAAGAUAAACUUUAUAAAAUAAAUUAUGGCUACGCGUGGAGAAAGAGGUGUAGUGCGAGUUUUAGAUAAGUUAGAAGCUUCGGUCAAUUCGGGACAAUAUUAUGAAGCACAUCAAAUGUAUAGAACGCUAUAUUUCAGAUAUUUGAGUCAGAAAAAAUACGCAGAAUUAUUAAAAUUAUUGCACAAAGGAUCAACUGUACUUUUACAACACGAUCAACAAGGCAGUGGCGCAGAUUUAGCAAUAUUGCUUAUAGAUGUCUUAAAUAAGUCAGAAAUCAAACCUUGUGAGGAGUGGAUCGAAAAGUUAGCAAAGCUCUUUGAAAUGAUGAGCUCAAGUAUACCAGAAAGAGAAAUUUUUUUGACUAAUGCAGUUAAAUGGUCAAUGGAUGCAAAUAAAAAAGGCCAUCCCUUACUUCACAAGAAAAUUGCAGAAGUGUAUUGGAAGGAAAAGAAAUACACUGCAGCCCAUAAACACUUCUUGCAUUCAAGUGAUGGAGCAGCAUAUGCUAACAUGCUAGUAGAAUUACACACAACUAAAGGCCUCAAAUCAGAAAUAGACUUAUUUAUAGCUCAAGCUGUUUUGCAAUUUCUCUGCCUAAGAAAUAUACAAAUGGCUACAGAAACAUUUGAUAAAUAUACUGAAUCACAUCCUACUAUAAAAAAUGACAAAGGCCCUCCAUAUUUAUUUCCAUUAUUAAAUUUCCUCUGGUUUCUAUUGAGAGCAAUUGAACAAAGACAUGUAAAUCAAUUUAAAAUACUUCGAAGUUGGUAUGCAAUAAGUAUAAAAAGAGACCCUAACUAUUCAGUGUAUUUAGACAACAUUGGACGUAUUUGGUUUGGAAUAGAAGUUCAACGUAAAACCAGAAAUCCAAACUCUGUGUUUGGGGGCCUUCUAAAAUCUAUUAUUGGUGAUGCUGAUAGUUCUGAUGAAGAUGGAGAAUAUGAACAUAAUGCCACAGUUCCAGAUUUAGAUUGAAAUGUAUUAUAUAGAACUGUAUCCGUUUCCAUCUACAUAUCAGCCCAAGCUGAAAUAAUCAAUCUAAAGUUCAAUUUUAGUCAUAAUAACUAUUUUUUUUUAUAUUCAUCAAAAUAAUUUAAUAAUUUAUUCAUUAAUCCUGAGUAUUGUUACAUAAAAUUACAGUUAAUUAUUCUGAUAUUAUUUUAUAUAACUCUUGAGUAUAUAGUGAGUAAAGAUGCCUAAAAACAAACCAUUAAACAAACAAAACUCAUGCACACUCACAUAAGUAAACAUUAAAUGUACAUAUACAUAAAACGGUAAAUGUGCCACAUUACAAAUUAAAUAAGGGCUUUAUAUUUACCAACAUUUGAAAACUUGUAUACUUAAACACUUUUUUGCCAUUCAUUACUUAUAAUGCUUAGAUAGUGGUUUAGGAAAACAUUUGUCUGUAAAUGUAACAAUGAUUAUAUGUUUAGAUUUUAAUAUUUAAUUCUUUAUAAAAUUUAUAUCAAUGUGUUAAAUCGUUUUAUAUUUCUAAUAUUCUGCUAUAACAUAUAGUAAGGUGUAGGUGACAGGUAAUUAAAUCUAAAAACAAAAAAUACUAAAACAGCUUCUUUUUCUUCUUUAAUUUAAAUAACUGCCACCAAUUGAGGUUGGUGGUUUUAAUACAGUAAUGUAUUGUUGGCAGGAGUUUUUUUUAACUAUUGAUUUGUGAAGAUAUCCCUGUUUUGCUUGGGUUGAAAUUGUUAAAAUAAGGACAACAUACCAUAUGUUAUGUACAGUGUAUAUAUGAUGAGGGAUUAAUAGUAGAUAAACAUAGAAGUUUAUUACUGUGGAGUGCAUUACUGAAUUAAUAUAUGAUUUAAUAAUUUUGCUUCAACAAACCUUUGAUUGUGAGAAAUUGUCAAUUACACUUACUUAAUUCUAUAAAAGUCUUACUCAUUUUAUAGUAAAAGCCAACUUUCACUAUGCUAUAAUACAAAAAGAAUUACUUUCUUUUUAAUUCGACUUUUUUUACAUCAACUAGUUUAACUAGUUAAGUCAAAGGGUGAACUGAAAGAAUGUGGGCAGCCACUUAAUAUUACGAGAAACCGUUAUUAAAUAAGUUUUUCAAAUCAACUAGUUCCUAUUAUCUUUCUUAUAUACCUAUAACUAACAAAAAGAUUACGCAGCAGACAGUAAAUUCUAAGCUUCACUAUAUACUCAAAGUCUAGCAAUAGGCACUUAAAGUAGGUAUAACAAUAUUUUUAUUAUGUAAAUGAAGUUCUGGUGUUACGAUUCUAUUUGGUAAAUGUCACUGUAAUUAAAGUUUAAUAAUAUAAGAAUUAAUUAGAUAGCAUAUAUGCAAUAUGACAACGUUAUUUCGUAAAACCAUGGAAUAAAUUGGUAAAUUUACGUCGCCUUGUUCAGUGUUUUGGUGGUAAUAUUAGUUAUCAUUCUAAAGUUAGUAUAUGGACACAAUUUGUAGUUUACACCAGAAUGCUGAUUGCAGUGCUUGACCACUUGCAGUUGUAACUGGCUAACUGCUUAUUGGCUUACAGUUCUGCCACUAGAUCCACGCCAAAAUUAUAAUAACACUAAUAAUUGGCAAAACAUAUAAGAUGUAUAUUUACUUACUUAACCAAUAUUUAAACUCAAUUUAGGUUGAAGUAUCAAGGAGGAUAAUUGAAGAGACUCUGAAAUGUAAUGCUUUUAUCACAAUAUAUUUUUUGCUUACACUGUUGAAAAUUCUUGUAUAAUUGCAUACAAAACUUGUAAUAAAAUUGGUAAAAAAUAAAUCGAGGGUUAAUUGGCAUGGCACCAUACGAAUUUGAUUUAUAAUUACAAAAAAUACGCAAAUUAGUUGCAUUUACCAAGGUCAGUCAGGGGUUGAAGCAAUGCAGCAAGUUUUUUUUUUUUCUACAAAAUUCAAAUUUACGACGAAAUGUUGACUUUGCCAAAAGGAAUGAAACCUAUCUGUAAUCUCAUUUGUAUAAAUUUUCAGCUGUGUUCGAGUUAGUAUAAUAUCCUCUGUGUGUAUGUGAUGUAAAUUAUUCGUAGCAAUUUCUGUGAACUGCCUAGUACAUUCUCGGUAAUAAAAUAAUUUUGUUCAAUAGCUAUAUAUAUACUCAUAUGUACUUACUGGACAAAUUUUAUCAGUAACAUGGAAUAAGUUCAUAGUAAUAAAAUGUUUUUGUAUUAUAUGUUAUGGA